AUGGAGGUGGCAUCAGCGGCUGGGGCUGAAGUUGUAGCUAUGGAGGAAGAAAGGGAAUUAACCAAUCGCGUGAUAUGUCAGCUGACGGACUCAGAAGGUACUCCUCUAGGAGCGCCGAUUUUCCUACCGGAAAGCGCCGGCCCGAAGGAGCUCCAGCAGCUGGUCAAUAAGCUACUCAACAACGAGGAAAAAUUGCCCUAUGCAUUUUAUGUAUCAGACAGUGAACUUGUAGUGCAGUUAGGAACAUACCUUCAGAAGAAUAAAGUGUCUGUGGAAAAAGUCCUCACAAUAGUUUACCAGCCCCAAGCAGUAUUUAGAAUACGGCCUGUAACUCGCUGUUCUUCGACUAUAGCUGGUCAUACAGAGGCAGUGCUUUCUGUAGCGUUUAGUCCAGAUGGACGCCAGUUGGCAAGUGGAUCAGGCGACACCACUGUGCGGUUAUGGGACUUAAAUACGCAAACUCCAUUGUUCACGUGUAAAGGUCACAGAAACUGGGUUCUUUGUAUUGCUUGGUCGCCAGAUGGUAAACAUCUUGUUAGCGGAAGCAAGGCUGGAGAACUAAUAUGCUGGGACCCACAGACUGGCAAACCAUCAGGAAACCCUCUUACUGGUCACAAGAAAUGGGUAACUGGAAUUUCAUGGGAGCCGGUGCAUCUUAGUGCUCCAACCCGCCGCUUUGUUAGCUCAAGUAAAGAUGGUGAUGCAAGAAUAUGGGAUGUUACCUUGAAAAAAUGUGUUAUAGUUCUUACAGGACACACACUUGCCAUAACAUGUGUGAAGUGGGGUGGAGAUGGAGUCAUAUAUACAGGAUCUCAGGAUUGUACAAUUAAAAUGUGGGAAACUUCACAAGGGAAGCUCAUACGCGAACUAAAGGGCCAUGGCCAUUGGGUGAAUUCUCUAGCAUUGAGUACCGAGUAUGUUCUUCGAACUGGUGCAUAUGACCAUACCGGCAAAACAUAUACGUCUCCGGAGGAAAUGAAGAAGGUAGCACUAGAAAGGUACAACAAGAUGAAAGGCAGUGCCCCGGAAAGGUUGGUUUCAGGUUCGGAUGAUUUCACCAUGUUCCUGUGGGAGCCUGCUGUCAGCAAGCACCCGAAAACUCGUAUGACUGGCCAUCAACAGCUUGUAAACCAUGUCUACUUCUCUCCGGACGGUCUGUGGAUCGCGAGUGCCUCCUUUGACAAGUCGGUUAAAUUAUGGAACGGAGUCACUGGAAAAUUCGUGGCUGCCUUCCGUGGUCAUGUGGGGCCAGUUUAUCAAAUAAGUUGGUCGGCUGACAGUAGGCUGCUUUUGAGUGGAAGCAAAGAUUCGACCUUGAAGGUGUGGGAUAUUCGGACUCAGAAGUUGAAACAAGAUCUUCCGGGGCAUGCAGAUGAAGUAUUUGCAGUUGAUUGGAGCCCAGAUGGUGAGAAAGUAGCAUCUGGAGGCAAGGAUAAAGUUUUGAAGUUAUGGAUGGGAUAA